UCUCCGCCUCUGUGCAGCUGCGCCUUAAAGCCCAGAGCCCAUCCUUGGCUGCUGCUUUCUGGAUAAUCCGCCUGCAGCUGCUCAACGUUUGGUCAGAGAAACGGGUGAGGAGAUGACUGACCUGGAGACGUCGAUGGCGACCAUCAUCGCUGUGUUUCAGAAGUACUCGGAGAGAGAAGGAGACAAGCACAAGUUGAAGAAGAGCGAGCUGAGGGAGCUGCUUCACGACGAGCUGCCGGAGCUGAUGGCGCACGUCAAAGACCAGGCCACGCUGGACAGCCUGAUGGAGAGCCUGGACACGGACGGCGACGCCGAGUGCAACUUCCAGGAGUUCAUGACAUUUGUCUCCCUGGUGACCGUCUGUUGCCAUGAGUUCUUUGAGCAUGAGGACGACUGAGGACACAAAGGGGUUGGCAGGGAACCUGAAGGAACUCUGUGAUGCGGCUGCUGGCACAAAUCCACCCCAUAGUUUCCACUAAGUGGUGAUGAAGUUAGAAAAUAGCCAAUCUGAAGGUAGGCUAGUGAAAGUACCGAUUUUAGACAACCUAUUUUUGUUUUUUUCUUUCUGUUAAAGUCAGUCAGACUGGAAGAUUCGUAAAAAAAAAUGCUUUUCUUUGUAGUGAUUUUGAAAGCACUUUCUCUGUCUAAGUUUAGGGUGGAGCCUUUCUAAUGAUAAACUUUUGCUCUGAAUCAAAUAAAGAACAUUUCAAAAUA